CCCCUCCCCUCCCCUCCCCUCCCCUCGUCCCUCGAUCAUAUCCGUGCUUCUGCUCUCCACCGGUUGCUUGCCAUCGCUGUCGCUCCUCACCGAGGAUGAACGAAAGUCGCCACUCCUUGCUCAGCUGGGCCAACGAGCUCCUUGCCAUGAACAUCACCAAGAUCGAGGAGUUUGGCACCGGGGCCCUGUAUUGCCAUAUUGUUGACUCGGUUUACAACGAUGUUCCUCUCAACCGAGUCAAGUUCAACGCUCGCCAGGAAUUCGAGUAUGUCAACAACUUCAAGAUCCUGCAGGAUGCCUUUACUCGGCACUCCAUCAAGCGUAAAAUCCCCGUCGACCAGCUGAUCAAGUGCCGGAUGCUGGAUAACCUGGAGUUUGUCCAGUGGAUGAAGCGCUGGUGGGAAACCGUCUACCCGGGGGAUUACAAGCCACUGGAGCGCCGCCAGCAGACCGGGGCCGUGGCUGAUGGGCCGGCUGCCGGGGCGGGCGCCGCCACCGCGGGGCCUGCUCGGCGUCCGGUGGCUGUGGCCAGUCGACCGGUCCCAGCGCGCGCGACCACCCCGGCACCGGCUGGUCCGGGUGCUGCUGGCUCGGUUGCCGGGGCAGGUGUCGGCACGCGCCCGGCGGCAGCCUCGUCUCGGUCGGCUCCGGUCUCCGGGCGAUCUACCUCGACCAGCCUGUCACCAACCCUGUCGGCCUCGGAUGGCCAGUCGGCGCCUGCGGCCGGCUCUGCCGGUGCCGGCCAGCCCUCGGAUGCAGCCCUGUCCCUCCUGUCGCGCUACCAGGAGCAGGUCCAGUCUUUGAGCGAGUCCAUCGCCGAGCGGGAUCUCAUCAUUUCCGGCCUCAAGAGCGAUGUGGACUUCUACUUCAGCAAGUUGCGUGAAGUGGAGAUCGUCGUUCAGCGGACGGUCCUCCAGCUGCAGGGGGCCGGUGAUGGGACGGCCACCGACCCGGCUCCGAGUGUGGAGCAACUGCUCGCCGCCAUCCAGAGCGUCAUGUAUCGCGUGGCCGAUGGGUAUGAGAUUCCGGCCGGAGCGCCGCCGGUCGGGGCUCCGACCACUGCCCCGAGUGCUGGCGCCCCGACCGCAAGCAUGCAACUUGACGAGCCGGAGGAAUUCUAGAGAUCGACCAGCCACCUUUCCUUUGUCGCUCGCACACAGGUGGACAGGACAACCAUCGCACUGAUACACAUGCCCCCGCCAGGGCGCCCUCGCUCAUUUCACCUUCCUCCCCUCCCCACCCUUUGAAUAUACGGCAAAUUGCUACCCGGGGAAAAA